AUGUUAACUAAUUCAUUAAAAUGGUCAUGUCAUAUUACUACAGACAUAAAGAAAAGUAUACUUGUGCAACUAUUCAAAUUUGGGAACAAUGUAUCUGAAAUUGAAUUUACUAAAGUACUAGAAGAACUUCAAACAGUUUCUUCAGACUGGACAGAAAAAAAAGUUAAAAUAACAUCCAAUAAUUCAUCAACUUACAGAGCAAUUAUUAGCAAUGUUACAAAAAUAACUUCUUCUGACUCAUAUCUUCAGAAAAUUAUAUCAACUAUUCUUCAAAAUAAUCUAUUAGCAUUUGUGAAAAGAACAACUAUUACUUUCCAAAUUGAAGGUGCAUAUGCAAUUAUUAAAAUAUAUCUUUGUACAUUAGCAGGAGAUUAUUGUAAUGUCUAUAUAAAAAUUUCUUUAGCAGUAAAAAAUCAAAAAAAAGAAAUAGAUAUUAUGGCAGCAUCAGAAAAAAUUUGCUUUCCAAUUUUUGCUCAAAAUAAUUCCUUAUAUGAAAAUAUUAAGAAUAAAGUUUUAACUUUUGUUCUUAAAAAGAUGAAAGAGCAGUAUCAGAAGAUUAUACAAGAAUCUUUUUACUGUCCUCUUUUGCAAACUUUACAAGAAAGGUAUGAAGAAUGGCCAGAACACCAGCAAGCAACUGCUUAUAAAAAAUUAAACAGCAUUAUUAAUAUCUCAACAGCAGUUUUGCAGAAUUCUCAAGUUGUUUAUACUAAAGAAAGACCUUCUGGUUUCUCUAAUCACAGAACAGAUAAUUUAACCAAAAGAAAUCUUUUUAGGUUUGAAUUAAUAGAACAUAGA